AUGGAAGCACGGGCGCUUUACGAUUUCAACGGUCGAUCGUCCGAUGAGCUCAGUUUUCGUCAGGGAGAUUUCCUGACUGUUAUUGAUAUCCAAAAUGAACACCACAGAGCCGAAUUUCAAGGAAGAACUGGUUACGUUCCUGCGAAUUAUGUCGAACUUCUGCCUAAUCCAUGGUUCCACGGCGGCGUGCCCAGACAACAUGCCGAACAGAUUCUCUCCAGACAAGAUCUGCCUCGAGGGGCGUUUUUGAUCCGCGCGUCUGAAAAGAGUGGCGGUCCGGGUGCUUUCUCGUUGUCGGUGAAGAAUACCUCGCAUAGAAAUUUGGUCGAACACUAUCGAAUUUUGAAGAAUCAACAGGGUCAAUAUCAUCUCUGGUCAGAAACGUUCUUCAGUCUCAACCAACUCGUUCAUCAUCACAUGCAGCACUCGGUGAGCCGAGAAACAGAUCUUCGACUCGUUGAAGUCAACUUAAAUCAAACGCAACAAGUCGAAACAUUCCAAGCCGUCUCUGCUUAUCGUUUCAAAAGUGAAGUCGGCGACGAAUUGGGCUUCGAGCCUCACACGAGGAUCCAAGUUCAUGUUUCAGUUCCUGGACAAGAAAAGAGCAAUCUAGAUAGCGACUGGUGGUUUGGGCAUCUAGAAUCGAACCCCGAAAAACGCGGCUUCUUUCCGAAAAAUUACGCGAAUGUAAGCGACCAACAAAAUGAGAUUGCCCAGCUCAAGGGGCAAUUAACGGAGUUCGAACGCGUCCUGAUUCUUGAAAAUGAAGCUCAUGAAUUGACGAAAAAGAAAAUGACAAUCUGA